CUUCGCUUCCGGUUGGAAAAUGGCUUCUGCUAGAACAGGUGCCGCGUUGGAGAUUCGUAAAAUUAGGAAAAAAAUUCGACAGAUUGAGAAUCUUGAAAGUCUAGAUAGAGAUUUGACAGAUGAAGAACUCAAUAAAAUUUUGAGGAAAAGUCUUUUACGGGAAAAUCUAUUAGAAUUAUUGGCUGAGCAUGGGGAAGAAGAGAGUUUCACUUCAUCAACCAGAUCUGAACUGACAGAUGAUGGUAUACUGACAGAAAGUUCUAGUUACCAUGACUAUAUUGUCGAUGCUGGUUACCAUGACAGCAUCAUAACAGGGGAAGUAACCAUCAUUGAACCUGAAGAUGAAACAAACACAGAUUUGAUUGAAAUUGAUGUCACAGAUGACCUUGAAGAAGAGAUGAUCAUUAAUAAAAAUACUAAUGCAGUAACAGGAGAAAUUCUUGAAGACAAUAUGGUUAAUACUAAACCAGUUAAUAUGGAAACCAAAACUAAAUCUCAAAAUAAAUCACAGCCUGUUACCAAAGCAACAAGCAAAGAAUUAAGGGAAAAUACAAAUCCUUCACCAGUGAAGAAAAGCAAGCAGCCUAAGUCAAUAUCAGCAACGCACACAAAUGAAAAAACAGAAAAGUUCUCCAAAUUAAAAGCUACAUUACAUAAGUGGAGAUUUGGCAAGUUUGAAGUGAUAGAAUUAGAAGGUCAUAGUGACCUAGUUACAGAUGCUGAUAGUGAUGGAGUCUUGCUUGUAACUUCCAGUCGAGACACCACAGUAAAAUUAUGGUGUUUGGAAACUUUAUCUGAGUUAAGAAAUUAUGGAGGCCACAACAGUGCUGUGACUUGUGUACAACUUCUUUCAAAGGAUGAUUCUGCUAAUGUUUGUAAAUCGCUAGGAACAGAUAAUACAGAGAGAUUAUUUAUCAGUGGAUCUUAUGACUGCAGUUUUAAAAUAUGGUCGACAGGAAAAUCAGGAGAAGCUUUGCGGUCUGUGUAUACAUUUAACCCUGUUACCAAGGUGAUAUAUCACCCAGUGGCACAAGCCAUAAUAACUGGAUCAGACGGAGGAAAAUUGGAGAUUUGGGAUACAGCAUCAGGGGAAAAGUUACAUAGUGUACACCCUUACGAGGAAUCUGUUACUGGUCUAAAGGUUAUCAAUGGUACUAUAUUUAGUUGUUCUGCUGAAGGAGUUAUUUCUGUACAUAAACUUCAGGAGGAUAAAAUCAUUUGUUAUUUUGUGUCUGAAAAUAUAAGAUCAGAAAACAAUGGACAUUUAACACAGAGAUAUAUUCGUGGUUUUGAUGUUAGAGAUGGUUUGAUAUAUUAUGGGGAUGAUGGAACAAAUGUAAAAGUGCUGGACUGGAGAAAAGGACUGGUCCAUAAACUAAUCAACCACAGUGAAGACUUUGGUAUCACAGACAGUCUGAGUUGCCAUGGUAAUAUUAUGGUGUCGUCUGCAUACAGUUUAGAUAAUGGAGCAGGAUAUGUAAAUGUGAGAUAUUUACCAGAAGAGACUUACAUGACCACACUGGAUGAUGAAGAUACUGGUAGAAUAUUGUCACUGUCAUAUGCUGAGUCAGGGAACAAAGACAUUGUAAUCACAGCAGGGACACAGCUCAAAGUCUGGAUUUCAAACACAGACCAAAGGAAAGAUAUAAAUGAAGAAAACUUGGUAUCUACUCGUUAUGUACCUAAGUUAGCACAGAGACAUUAUCAAGAUUCCGAUGUAGAAUCAGAUGUGGAAACUACUGAUUCGGAAGCGGAAGAAGAUGGGCGUCAUGACCACCCAAGUCAGUCACGUGAUUCAUCUCAGGGUUGGCUUAGUUAUUGUAAUAUAAUAUAACAACUGGGAUUUGCGGACGAUAGACAUACUACAUUAUUACAAACCAACAGUUUGUUUAAAUAUAUUGAAAUUGUCUUUCAAAGAAAAACACAACCAGUUUCAACAAGGUUUGUUAGAAUGACCAAUCUAAGAACUAUGCAAAUGGGACUAUUGCUCUACAUAAAUUAAUAUAACUAUAAAAUUGUAUGGAUCAACGAGGAAAAGAAAUAUAAAAAAUCUACUCAAUUCAUUCAGUCACAUCGUCUUUUGUUUUGAGUUAUUUUUUAUUAGUUAAUACCAAUGAAAUAUAUAUCUAGAUAUCUUGUUAUGAUCGUAUUUAUGAAUUAACUAUUUACAAAACUUUGAAAUGUUCUAAAUACUAAGGAUUUUCGACCCCGAGAAUAGAUCACCUCAGCUGUAUUUGGCAAAAUCUUACGGAAUUUUGGAUCCUUUUAAAUGCUCUACAAUUUCUUGAAUUGGUCUUUUUUAUUCGAGCGUCACUAUCUUUGGUAAGUUUUUUUCGAAAGGAAAUACGAAGGAGUUAUAUAUCUAGAUAUCCACUUAACGUAAAUAUCAAGCAAUUAUAUAUCUAGGUAUGUACAUUACAAGCGGCAGUUAAGGUAUAUUCUCAGGUAAUGUAUGCAGAAGUAACCAAUUAACGUAAAUAUCAAGUAAUUAUAUAUCUAGGUAUAUACAUUACAAAGCAGAUUAGGUAAAUUCUCAGUUCAUGUAUGUAGAUAUAACCAGUUAAGGUAAUUAUCAAGUAAUUGUAUAUAUAUAAAGAAGAUACCAAGAGGCAA